AUCUUGCAAGGGCACCAGAAGCAAGGCUCGAAGCCUGUGGAUGGCGGGUGCAGAGGUCGGGUUCCCCUCGUGCCUGGAGCCGCUGCAGACUGCUCUGAGGGCCCUCGGCCUGGAGGCAUUCCAGGUGACGUCAGUGGCGACGCGUGCAGGAGGCACGAUGGUCUCGCUCCAGAGGUCCACUCCAGCGACUGUCUACGCCACCUUCAUCACGACCGUACUUGCACUUGUUCACGUCAGAGUCAUACUCGACUUCCUUCAGUUUUCCCAUUCACACUUCACGGCGACUUUCACCAUUUCCUACAUAGCCAUAGUGCACGCUUCAACCAUUGCCAGCCUAGUGGCCAUAGCUUCAAUGUACUUCAACCACAAUGCCAGGCAAGAGAUCCUGCAGACGUUGGUUAAAGUGGACCAAGUUGUACUAAUCAAUAUACAAGAAUGUUACAAGAACUCGUCAAAACGUAUUAGUUUCUUGUUCAUUUCCACAUUCGCAGGAUUAUUUUUUAGCUGCGUCAUACAUCAGGUGUGCCAGAAUCUCACUGCCUGGGGACACGUAAUAAGUUGCACUAGCCAUAUAAGAGAGUUCAUUACCUACUUCAUGACCACGUAUUUCAUCAACAUGACACUCUUCGUAAAGCAAAGGUUGGAAUUUGUUAACGAUCAACUUCGCGAAGUUCUAGACAACGAACUAAUGUCAUAUGCAAUGCCCGAAACAUACUCAACACAAACCGAACAUACUGGAGAUAAUUCACUGUGGCAAAGCAAUAUCCGGCCGAGGAAUGCGGUUGACGAGUAUUUCCAGCCAGACUUGUCUGGCUAUGACCACGAAAGAAGAGUUAAAAUACUGCACUCUCUGAAGGUUGUUCAUAACGCAUUGCGAAGAAUAAUAGAUCUCCUGAACUCUGUGCACGGCACGCCUCUUUUCUUCAACUUGAUCUCAGCGUUCAUGCUGAUGACAACCUUCGUGCACAACAUCCUGGUAGGACUGUUCAGGCCGUCGUACUACUCGGCCUACAACACCACCGCCUUCCUGGCCAGCUCGGUGACGUGGUUCACGCUGCAGACCGCUCAGAUGGUGGCUGUCAUCGCCGUGUGCUCCGGCACCACGCGCCAGGCCAGGGCCACGCACGCCAUCCUGCAGCACUCCGCUCUGCAGCGCGUCAGUGGAGCAGUGAGCGCCGUCUUAGGGGACUUCGCGCAGCAGGUGUCGGAGGAACAGUUCACCUUCAAUGCUGCUGAUGUGUUUGUCCUCGACUGGCCGCUGAUAGCUUCUCUGCUGGCCUCCAUGAUGUCGUACGUGCUGGUCAUGCUGCAGUUCUCGUCCAACGAGAACCCCCAGUGAUGCCUGAUUCCACAGCGUUAUUUGAUUUUGUAUCACCUAAAUGAUAAAUUCAUUGCCGGUGCAAAAUUACCAAUGAUGAAAUGAAGUGUUAAUAACCAACAAUCUUUAAAAAAAAUUAUAGUCUCUAAAAUUGUUUCCAUUGCAGUUUGUGCCAGUUUGGUUGCAUGUUAUUUAAAACAUUUACCAGGAAAUUAAUAACAAUACAUUAGAUUCUACCCUGAUCAUGCAUGAAAUAGGAUAGCUCCAUAAAAUGCUGCCACAUAUUUAAUGUAUUUUUGAGAUACAACAAACUAUUACCCCAGGUAUAUAUGGGUUCGCAUAUAUGUUUUUGAAAGAAA